UAUUGUGGUGGUGUGUUCAAUGUCAGGGUACCCAAGUGAAAGAUGUCAUCAUUAAGCCUGACGCCCCCAGCUCUCUGCUGCUGGACAAACAUGCAGACUACAUCGCUGCCUACGGCUCCAAAAAGGAUGACUAUGAGUACACACUGUCAGAGUACCUGCGGAUGAGCGGCAUCUACUGGGGGCUGACGGUGAUGGACCUGAUGGCGCAGCUGCCCCGGAUGAACCGGCCGGAGAUCGUAGACUUCAUCAAAUCCUGUCAGCACGAGUGUGGGGGCCUCAGCGCCAGCAUCGGACACGACCCCCACCUGCUCUACACCCUCAGCGCCGUGCAGAUCCUGUGCUUGUACGACAGUGUGGAUGCUCUCGAUGUGGACAAAGUGGUGGAGUACAUCAAAGGGCUGCAGCAGGAAGACGGAUCAUUUGCAGGAGACAAAUGGGGAGAAAUAGACACCAGAUUUUCCUUCUGUGCUGUUGCAACACUUGCUUUACUGGGCAAGAUGGACAAAAUAAAUGUUGACAAAGCUGUGGAGUUCAUCCUGUCCUGUAUGAACUUUGACGGGGGUUUUGGCUGCAGACCGGGUUCAGAGUCUCACGCUGGUCAG